AUGAUCCAAUUCGUGUGUAACUUUGGAACCUGCCACGGGAGAGCGAAUUCCUUCGUUUCACUCCAUCCAUCCGUCUGCCCAUCCGUUUUACGCUCGUCCGCGACCGCCGCCGCCGCCGCCACCUCUACCACCGUACCCGAGCUCGUCCGCCGCCGUCUCCAUUAGCGUCGUCCACCAGCUCGGCCGCCGUCCCCGAGCUCGCGUCGUCCUGCUUCUCUUCUAGAUCUGGAAGAAGCUAUUUCAGAGCCUUAACCUUAAUACAAGUAACAGUUUAUUGUUUGUUUCCCCCAAAAUUUGGGGGUUCCCAAGUUGGAUCCGCCCCCUGCUUCGUCGCAAGAGAAAUUCUCCUUUUCAUUUGAGUUUGUAGAGCUUUUCAAUGGAGUAUACAUCAAGUGAGGAUGAUGAGCUGGUUGAAGGUUACAUGGAUGUUGAGGAUGAUACAGGCACCAGCAAUACUGAUCAAGGAACAGGUCUGAUGCCUUCUGAGAUGCGUAGCAUCCUUCCCCGUCCGUCGUCUGUUGGCAACGGUCGGCUGAUGGCUGCUGAUGGGUUGGGCACAAACGAUGACCCAUGCCUAGGCAUGGAGUUUGAGUCCGAUGGAGCUGCACGGGCAUUCUACAAUGCGUAUGCGCUGCGCCUUGGGUUCGGCAUCCGCGUCGCCCGGUCGCGCAGCGAGCGGAGGAAGGGUGUUGAGCUACUUAUCAUGAAGCGUUUUGUGUGCCUGAAAGAGGGACAUCACAAGAAGAAGGAUGCCGAGCCUAGCGACAAGAAAAAGAGGAAGCGGCUCUCGAUAAGGGAUGGCUGUCCAGCGAUGAUGGAAGUGGUGAGGAGGGGUCCGGAAAAAUGGGUCAUCACAAAGUUGGUCCUGGAGCAUACUCAUGUGAUUCUUAGCCCAGACAGGGUGCGGGAGGUCCAGCUCCGUCGCCUCUCUGGAAAGUGCGCAGAGCAUGAUAAUCAAUUGCAGGAGCUGCGCCGGAAUGUGUUUGGAGAUACAGAUGCGCAAGGCCUUUUCAACUACUUGAAGAGAAUGCAGUCGGAGAACUCUGGUUUUUUCUACUCCAUACAAGUUGACAGUAAGAACUGUGUUAGCAAUGCAGUUUGGGCUGAUGCUAGAGCCAGAAUGUCAUACACAUACUUUGGGGAUGCUGUUUAUUUUGACACUACUUAUAGUAAAAAUGAGAAUAUGUUACCCUUUGCAGCUUUCACGGGUGUGAAUCACCAUGGUGAUACUGUUCCUUUUGGUUGUGCACUUGUUUUGGAUAGGACAGAAUCUUCAUAUACCUGGCUAUUUGAGACAUGGCUGACAGCAGUGGGUAGACGGUUGCCGUUUUCCUUUACAACUGAUGAAGGCAAAGCAAUUGCAUCAGCAGUUGCAAAAGUAUUUCCUCAGUGUUUCCAUCGUCUUUGUAGAUGGCGAAUUUUGUCUAGAUGCAAGAAGAAGUUGUCUGACGACUACGUGAGAUUUCCCAAUCUCCAUGAUGAGCUCAGAAGAUGCAUCAACGAGUGUUAUACUGAGGUUGCUUUUGAUAUGUUCUGGGGUACUAUUCUUGACAAAUAUGGCCUGAGGGAGAACAGUUGGUUGCGAUCAAUAUUUGAAGCAAGACACAGAUGGGUUCCUGCAUACCUGACAACAAGCUCCUUCUUUGCAGAAUUGACAUUGACCCAGAGAGGAGAAACAAUCGGUAGGUUUUUUAGGAAUAACUUCAGCACAAGAGUUCCUCUCGAUGAAUUUACCACUAAAUUUGACCAACACAUAGACAAUUUGUAUGUACAUGAAACUCAGAAAGAUCUUGGUUCAUCUCAUCCGGAACAGAUCCUGAAAACCAAUAUAGCCUUGGAAAAACAAGCAAGGAGCAUCUACACCAAUGCCGUGUUUGAAAUAUUCCAAACGGAGUUGUUUGAAGCAUUGCAGCAUUAUGCUGUUAAGGUUCAUCAGGAUGGACCUUACUCCAAGUACUAUGUUGACAGAGAUGAUCCUCCAACAAGGCACACUGUUUUCUACAAUGUUGCCGAGAAGAAGGCUUGGUGCGAUUGCUGCAGGUACGCUUUCUCAGCAAUAUUGUGCAGGCAUGUGCUUGGAGUUUUCAUCUUAGCUGGAAUCAUGGUGCUUCCGGAGACAUGCAUCGCGAAGCGAUGGACAAAGAGGGCAAAGACUGGGCCAGAAUUAAUUGGGCAUAAUCUUGAGAAUGGAAAUUGCUACAUGGAUUCUUCAACUUCAAGGUAUAAUGAUCUCAUUCAUGAUGCUAUCAAAUGUGCAGAGAAGGGAGCUGUAUCAGCAGAUAACUUCAGAGUUGCAAAGGAAAUACUCCGCAAAGCCUUCAUGGAAAUCAAGUGUCUUGGAGAAAAACUGACUGACGAUGACCUGCAGCAGGUUGACAGUAGAUAGCAGUGGUUAUCUUGUGAAGCAUUUGAGAGAUUGUUCCAGAUAUCUUUUACUAAAGGAUGGAAAUGAGGCGUAAUUUUGCUGUGCCACCAUGAGUAAAAGCAUUUGAGAGAUUGUUCCAGGUAUCUUUUAUUAAAGGAUGGAAAUGAGAUGUAAUUUUGCUGUGCCACCAUGGGCAAGCCUACCCUGUACUGACAAUGACCAAUUAACAUAUUUAACCACUGUAAAUCUAAUCCUGAUGUAUGCUGUUAGCCUGUCUGUAGAAUGCUAAUCUGACUUGUGGGAGUCAGGACUGUAAAUGUUGACUCGUUUGCCUGUGUUCCUCUUGCUGCUAUUCAUGUCAUGAUAUCACAACUCACAAAAAGUUAUGUUGGACU